UGUGUGUGUACGAUGUUUGUGUAUCCAGGUGAGAGUGUUGGCAAGCCAGGCCCAGCAGCUGCUGCAGUAUCUAUCCCUACAAACGCUGCUAUCAGUUUGGCCUUGAGGAGUGGCCAUGCAGCCCUGGGGGCCGCCUUGCCUGGACGUGUGCCUCUCCUGUGCGCAUUCUCCUGCCUCAAGGAGCCCAUUGCAGCUAUGCUGGUGUCCGUAUUGGUGCUUCUGUUCCUGAGUGGUCAGACUAACGCUGAGCCCUCAGUCCCUCUCACUGAUGUAAGCACACCUCUGGCGCUGAAACUCUUCCGGGCAGUCUCAGCCCAGGAUCCUGAUGAUAAUGCUGUGCUGUGCCCCCUUGGCGUGAUCCAGAUGCUGGCUCAAGUCCAGCUGGGGGCAGGGGGCAGCACACUCCAACAGCUUAAGAAGGCAAUGCACCCAGAUGAUGUCCAGAAUGAUACAUUCCUCCGUCUUCUACAGAGGGAGGCCGAGGCCAUUGUGUCCCCACAGGAAGGUGGUGAGGAGAAGGCUUUUCACAUGGCCAUGGCCAGUGCCCUGUUCCUUCAGCAGGGGUUCCCCCUCCAAGAGGCUUACCUGCAGAGCAGCAGAGCGCACCUCCAUACCUCCCCUCAGCAUGUGGACUUCACCCAUCCCUCUAUGGCUGCUCAUGACAUUAACACAUGGGUGGAGAGCCAAACCAAUGGUAAGAUCUGGCAGCUGUUCUCCAGCGAUGACUUUGGCCCGCUCAGUCGUCUGGCUUUGGCGAACGCUGUGUACUUUAAGGGCUCCUGGCAGCACCAGUUCCCCCCUGAGAACACGGCCCUGAGGGGCUUCACCAAGAGGGAUGGCUCUGUCACCAACGUCCCCAUGAUGUACCACAAGCUCCAGGCCAACAUCGGCUACUUCUCUCAUGGGGAGAGUGAAGUUCAGCUGCUGGAGCUGGUGUAUGGCCAGGGGGAGGCCAGCUUCAUCGUGCUGCUGACUGACUCCGUGGAGGGACUACCUCUGCUGGAGAGAGACCUCACCCAGGAGCUGCUCAACACGUGGAUGGCCCAAACACAGCAGGAGGAGGUGGAGGUUCACUUACCCAGGUUUCAGAUGAGCCAGAGAGUGGACCUGGAGAAGGCUCUUCGAUCCUUGAACAUCACCGAGCUGUUUGAGCCUGGCUGUGACCUCUCCGGAAUGUCAGAGGCCGGCCAAUUGCACAUCUCAAAGGCUGUCCAGAGCACCUUUAUUGAGGUCAAUGAGGAGGGGAGCGAGGCAGCAGCCGCUACAGGUGGUGCAGCAGCGGUCAUCAUGAGCUUACAGGGUCAUCGCUUUUUGGCUGACCAUCCCUUUCUCUUCCUUAUACGACACAGGCUUACAGGAGCCCUGCUGUUUGUUGGCCGCGUGCUGCAGCCGGAGCUGAUGGAGACCAGAGGACGUGACGCGCAGGCCCUCUGAGGCCCACUAAUAACUCUAACGACCCACAUUAAAAAACACUUACCCGCA